CAGUGGUGUACUGUAGGUUAACCUACUUAUUUUUCAUGUACUUCUAAAUCCCCUCUAAUACCCACCAGUCAGUGUUUGUGAGCUGUGUUUUUCCCUAGGAUGGUGAAGACAUGACAGAGUUGUCCAAUUUGGAUGAGUGGAUGGAGGAAGGAAAAGGGAUACUUAACUCAAAAUGCAUAAUUAUUAUUUGUAGUUGUCCUGUGGUAAAUUUUAAAUUCAUAAUGAACCCUACUCCUCGAAGUCAAGCAGCACAAGUUAAGUAACUAUGUGCCCAUACUACAGGCCCAUUUUUGGUUGCGCUAAAUAUGCAGGAGUAGUGUUACAUGUCAGUGUUUAUAACACAGGGCCUUUAUUCUUCGCUGCAUCCCCCUUAAAAACAUUUGGGGCCAUAACUAGGCACCACUGAACAGACCCUAACCCUAACCCUGCAUUUACUGUAGUAGCAUUUAAAGUAGACCAACAUAAUGCAGAACAUAUGAUUUCUUUUAGUUUGGACUGUUUGGUAUAAAUUUCAUCACGGUUGUUGCUUUGUAGUUUAUAAUUUGCCUUAUAACCCUAGUGGAUAUAGUAGCCUUUUUAUUUCGAUCCCUUCUCCUCCAGAUCCUUGUAGAUACUUAACCCCUAUAACCUUCCUCCUUUUUUCUAUUAAUGAUUUACAUAUCUUUAAAAAUUGUUUUAAAUGCUGAAUAAUUAAAACGCACCUGUCUUGCCAUCAUCAUCAGUGUUUGGUGAAUAAAGCAGCGUGUACUUGAGGAGAGAUGUUUUAAUCUUGAUAGACUACACUAAAGCUCACAACUCACUGUCUGUGUUCUUAGUGUAAGAAAUUGUACCAUAUUUUUUAAGAAAGAAAAAUCCCCAAAUUUGCCAUUACAGCCCUGAAUUUGUUCCAUUUUUAAUGUAUGGUGUAAAUGUUAUUAGAUAAAUCUUGAAUGGUGUUUUCUCUGGUACAACACCUUAAGCAAAGCAGGAAAGACCAAUUAAACCACCUCAGUAUGUAGAAAAAAACAACUUAAAUAAUAAAAAAAUGAUGCCUGCUGUUACAAAUAAUUCCUUAAUUUGGCCAAAUUCAAGGGUAUAUUGAGUAAUUUAUGCUAUUUUAAUGCCGGGGCUAUUGCUUCUAAAGAUCAAACAUCAGGCUGUAUAUCGGAGUUAUAAGUCGCAGCAGAUGUCAUGUAAAUCCUCCAGCAGUCAGUCUGGUGUCUCCUGGCUCCUCUGUCGGGACUCGGGUUUCAGACGCAGGAGUUAAUCAACACACUUCGUUAAUAAUUCAGCACCGACGGUCGGGCUUGUUGCCGAAAUCCCUUCUGCGUUUCACAGCCCUCAUUUCGCACCUACUUUUUCCCCUUUAGCGCUGUCCUUAAUUACGCAGCUUUCAGGGGCAGGUGUAGAGUUGCAGGUAGACCGGGAGGUGAGGAUCUGUGAGCAGAGCUGCAUGUAAGAGCCGAUCAUCAUCAUCAUCAUCUGGACCUGCUGGACGAAGAUGAAUUUUGACGGAUGAGCGACAGCUUGUUGAAUGCUUUGUUACUGCUAAAGACUGACUGUACAGUUGACCAGUAUGAAGCCUGUUCUCAGUCCGGUUCUUCUGCCUCAGCUUAAUAUUUCUACUACAUCAACAGGAUAAAACAAAGUGGAUUUAUUUGAUCAUUAUUAACUGGACUGGUUGCCUGCUUGCAUUUGAUUGAGGGAAAUUACAAUGUGGUCGACAUCAGCUGCUUGUAUGGUCUGCAUCCUUUUUGGGAUCAUAUGCAAUGUCAGGAAAGUGUACUCGCAACCCAAAUUAAUACAAAGGAAGACUGACCAGACUCAUGACCAAAACGCCAAGUUAGAAGAAGACAUCCAGAAAGUUAUCAAUCAAAUCCACUCUUUGUCCAGUGGGAAUAAAAAUGCACGCAGCUUCAGCAUCUCAUCCACAGGAGAGGGGUUUGACUUGAAUGCAUAUUACGGUGCUCUGAGCAACGUGUAUACUGUCUUUCAACCACUGCUCCGAGACAAAUUCAUAGAUGACCUUCCCAAAAUUAUUGUCUGUAUUCUGUCUGGGAGGCAGGACUGUGGACUGGAAGCAGAACUAACAAAAACCGUGUCUAUGGAGUUAGGAAAGCCAUUCCUGCUGUUUAUGUCGUCUCUGAGGUCCCAGACGUGCACUCCGCUGAGCAGCGAUGGAGAGUCAGACAGCUUCCUGAGGGCCUACCUCAGGAUGGGGGAAUCAUCAGGUUUUCAGCAGACAUUUAUGAAUAUAGUAUCAAGUCUCCCUCUUUCUGGGAAUUUGAUGAGUGCUGUGAUUGGCCUUGUGGAUGCAGCUGUGAAAUAUGUCUCAGAGUUCUUGGCAACGUUACUCCAAGUACCAAUGGACUUUAUAAAAAUAGCUUUACAAUUUGGAAUUAGUGUACCAUCUUUAGAUGGCAAGGAGACCUGCGAGCAAGGAGAUAUCAAGCAGCUCAUUAUGUGGGGAAUAAACCACAAUGUGAGCUGGUCCUUCGGUACCUCCAUCAUUGACAUCUUCCUGGACAUCUUCCUGGCUCCAGUACAGCCUCCUUGCACAUAUCCAGGGCCAGAGUGCCAGAAUCCUCCCACAGCCUCCUUCCAACGCAGUAUCUCAGAGGACACUGAUAACAACGACAUCCUGCUAAAGUGUGAUCGCCACAAUCUGGCAAGGCUCAAUGACACACUUUGUGCUGACAUCAUGACGGGUUCAGGAGCGGGAUACUCUACAUCUGUGCUCACCUUUUGCCAGGCGCUAAGCUCCCUCAGCCCUAACCAGAUAGAGCAGGUGUGGAGCAACAUGUGUUAUAUUAUUCAAGCACUGCUGUCUCCACUCAGCAGAUCAUCUGACUGCAGUGUUGGUAACAUACAGCCUUCUCAAGCCAUCACGCCAUCUUCACAGUCUCUUCCCCUCCCUCGUUCUGCACCUCGUCGAAUAGCCAGAGAAGCAUCCAACCUCAAACAGCUCGCCUGUAACUACAAUGACUGGUUAGGAAACAAGGCGGUGGACGCUGUCCUUGUGUCGCUGUGCAGUGAUAACGAACGUGACAAGUUUGUGAAGCAGGUGUGUAACAAUUCUUUGUUGAUGAGGAAGCUGCUCUCAGAUCAGAUGAACAGCUGGCUGUAUGGAUACUGUGCCAACUCCUCUGCAGACCAUGUGUACAUGGUGAGUCAGUUCUGCAGUUACGACCAGUGGAUCGAUCACCCCUCAGUCCUGGUGGACCCCACCUUACUUGAGUUCUGCAUGACUCUGGACAGUCCCCGACUGAUCAAACUGAUCUGUGAGCACACCGGAUUCUUCAUGCUUUUAUUCACCAACCCUGAAAAUGGACAGUUCAUGCCUAACUGCACAAACUUUCUGCCUCUACCGCUAUUCCCUGACAUGGAUCAAGUAAUGCUUGAUUCUUGUCAUUACUCAAAGUGGCAUGAUGUGACACAAAUUACCAUUGACAUUUUGUCACAGUGCAUCCGGCUCGACCACAACGGGUUUACUCAAGAGGUUUGCUCCAAUAAAACUUUUCUAAAUAGCCUGCUGGUUAACAAGGAAAAUGCCUGGCUUGAGAAUCACUGCAGCACCUCUCUUAGCCUCCUAACCCCCAAGCCAACCCAGGCCUUCAACAUCGCAAGCUGGUGUGACUACCACACCUGGGGAGACCGGCAGGUGGACGAUACAGUGGUCGGCCUCUGUUGGCAGUAUGAUCAGCUUUCUUUUCAGAAGAAUGUCUGUUGCAAAGCUUCUGUGUUUGAAAAGCUGUUAGAAGACCCUCAGAAUAAAUGGCUGACAUCAGUCUGCACAGACAUCGACGACAUAGCGGUGUUACGACAGGUGUGCAAGUACUCUGAGUGGACCCGUCCAAUCAUCGUGGAUAUGACUGAGCUAGCGCUCUGCGCUGAGAUCGACCCACUUAACUUCACCUCCAAAGUCUGCGUCAAUGAUACGGUUCUCCAAAACCUGUUGACCAAUCAGGACAACACCUGGUUAAUACAGCACUGUGCUAACUAUUCAAAGCCAGGCAUAUCUCCUGGUGGAGAUAAGGGACAAGGAGAAGGCCCGACUGGAUUCAACCCUGUAGAGCAGUGCCAGUACUCCAGCUGGAGCAUAUCUCUUCCAGACGCAGUACUCCUGACUCUCUGCUGGGAGCAUGACCAGACUAAUUUUGUCUCCUCUAUCUGUCCUAACGCUGGUCUUCUCUUUUUGCUGUCUCGGGAGCCGUCUAGUGUGUGGGUUGGCAGCAUGUGUAACACCUACACCAACUACACCACCACUACCACCACCACCAACAACAACAACAACAGCACCACCACCACUGCAGAGCCUAACUUUUGCCUGGUCAGAAACCUGGUGAGGCAGUUUAACUGGACCUGCUCAGCUGACUUCACCUCAGCCUGCCAGCCUGGGGCCAGUCAGAAUAUAGCCCUGCAGAUGAUGGUGCGCUGCUGGGUUGAAAGUCUGAGGUCCAGGGUGGAUUAUCUGCUGACUCCACCUGUGGCCACAGUGUUAGAGCAAGCAGUCAGUACCACUGUGGUGUUCCUGUUGGCCCUGGAGGAGUUCAAAAACACAUCGCUGCAUGUCAUCGAAAACAUAAGACUGAGUGUGUUAGCGUCUGUAGGUCGCUAUCUCGAGAGGGAAAACAACGUUGACAAAAGGAGGGUCUUGCUUCAGUGCUUUGGGAGAGUCUUAACCAGCUUGAUGCAGACAGCAAGAGACGUGACCAGUGAUGAAUUCUCUUUCAUUAAGGCGUACUUCAGUAUACAGCUGAGCAGCCUGAGGUCAGUGCUCACUGCAGCUCACAUCACCACCGUCAGACUGAUCCUUCAGUACUAUAACACAAACAAGGAUACGCUGCAGUUGUCCAAUAAGUACCUGUCCACCAUGGUGUCAGUACUGUUCCAGACCCACUUGGCAGAAGAUGGUAGUCUCUUCCCUGAGCUGGCUCCCCUGCUGGCUGCAGCCACCCCGGCUGACAUCCAAGCUUUGCCCUCUCUGCAGAACAACGUCAAUGUGAGGGAGACGAUUAACAGAAACUUGUGGCGCAUGACUCUGGACCAGCGGCGGGCAUUCGGCUUUUGGUUCAGUAAAGUUAUGCCCCCCUCCAACAUCACCAGAGGUCAUCAGUCACUCAUCAGGGACACUGGAAACCUGAUCGCCUACCUGCCCUUCCACAACUUCCAACACCUCUCACCUGCUCAGCUGUUCGACGGCCUGGAUGUGUUGCAGACAAACACCCUCACUUCUCUAAAGCAGGAAUUCAUAGCUCAAAGCAUCAUCGGCACCUAUAGAAACCUGACAGCUCAGGAUUUUACCAGGCUGGGUAAUCUCUCAUGCCUGGCAGACCCAGCAGACCUCCUUAGGUACAAAGACACUGCGGUCUUCAGUGUCAUCCGGGACAUUGUUAUGAACUGCACACAUGAGGGAUUCAGUCUUCCCAGCAGUCUGAUUUCCAGUUUGUUACUAAACAGCACAGAAUUAAAGGUCCCGUCCUCGCUCAGUCCUGAUCGACUGGCAGAGCUCGCCCUCCUCCUGCCUUCGCUGGGUGCACCUUUCCUGCAGAGUCUCACACCAUCGCAGCUGCUCGCUGUCCUUCCUGCCCUCAAUUCUGUUUCAUUCAGCCCUGCACAGGCUUCCGUAAUUGUAGAAAAGAUGUCCUCAAGUAACACUCUGACCGGUCCAAGCCAGCUGCAAGAGCUCGGCUCGCUCAUUGUGGGAAUGAAGACGGAGACCUUAUUGACCCUCACCUCUGACAGGCUGCUGUCCUCCCUGCCUGCCAUGGCCCAACACACACCUGGCCUCAGCCCACCACAAGCUAAUGCUGUCUCCACAAAACUAUGGGGUUUUCCAGAAGUGGUCAGUUGGUUGGAUGAUGUGGAGCCUUUGCUCUUUUGCACGCCCCUGGUCAGCGUCCUACCCAGAACUCGUCUGCUUGUGAACAACAUCACCACUGCGUCCACAAAAUCCUGGAAUACACAGCAGGCUAUCGCAAUUUUCAAAGAGGGGCUUAAUACUAAACCAAACUUAAUCAACCAAGAUUUUCUGAGUCUGGGAACAGUGGGUAAGGGUGUGAGCUGCAAGGUCUUACAGGAACGUUUUCGGGCUGAUCCUUCACCUUCUUCACUGAGAAGAAUCCUGGCCUUCCUCAGGCAGCAGCCUGGUCCUCUUCACACCUCCCUGAAAAAGUGUGUGAUCGAUGAGCUGUAUCAGUUUGAGUUCUUCUCUGAACUGCUUAAAGACCUCGGAGCUGAGAUUGCCCUGUCCAUGCCGGUGAGCACCAUUAAGAAGUUUUCUACAGAUAUGAUGGAUGCUCUGAGGAAGAUGAUUAUUCAGGACCCUCAUCACUUUCUCUUGCUGACUAGAACAAAGCAGGAGCUGCUGGUGGACAAAAUAGUGCAGAGACUGGGCAUGUACACGGGGGUCUUCACUGAGAAGGAGUUUCGUUCAUUGGACAUUAUGGCACCGUUUGUGGUGGAUGAGGUUUUCAUUCAGCUGGACCGCAACUUCUUCAUUAACAAUCUGGAUUUUCUCGGGAGGCUCUGCUACAGUAGCAGCAAGAUAGACAUUGUGGCUCGCAUCCUGCAAGAACCUGCUGCCUUCGGUCCAGUCAAGAACUGGAAUCAGACAACACUCAGCCAGGUGGGCCGCUUUCUCUUCUUCCUGCCAGACGACAAACUGCAGGAGAUUUCCCUGGCGUUGAUGACUGUGGGGCGUAUAGAGAAGUUGUUCAUGAGCCAGCGACAGUGGGAACAGGGGGAUGUGGGGAUCCACUGUUUAGACAAGAAUGAGAUGCAAAGGCUUUCUGAACAGCAGCAGUUUGUUCUUCAGUUUUUCCUGGGCUUCCUCAGAAUAAAUCCUGGUUCACCGACUCCUAUGGUUCCUACUUGUGAGAUCCUGCGAACAACAGCUCCGUCUGCCUGGACCUCCAACAGCCUAACAAGCAUGUCUCCAACAGCCUUCUCCAACUGUCUGGAGCUGAUCGGUCAUGACCCGUUCCUCGCAUCCUACAUAAGCAGCCAGCUGCUCAAGAAGGUCAAACAGAUAUACGGCCCCGUCUCAUCCUUCUCCCAGUCUGUGAUCUCUCAGCUGGGUAGAAUAGCGAUAGAGCUAUCAGUAGAGGAGCUAAGCAGCCUCCAGCUGACUGAGCGAAAGAGCAUCGCUGCUAUGGGGACUGUCAGUGCCUGGAGCAACAGACAGCUGGCUGCGCUGUUUACCACGGUGUUAAACUCCACCAAGAAGAGUCCGAGCCAGCUCGACUCCAGCCUACUGGUGGCAAUGGGACACAUUGUGUGCGGAGCUAAAACCACAGAGAUGAAUGUUUUCAAUGCUGUUGAGUUCAGUAAGGCGGUGCUCUGGCUGGGUCAGCUGAGGCUAUCUUGUUCAGAGGAGCAGCUGCAAGCUCUUGUCCAGCUGCUGACCCAUAGCCUUGCUUUUGGACCCAUGAGUUCAUGGGGAACUGAUGUCUUUAUUGAGAUUGGAGUUCUGGCAGCUGGUCUCCCAGACAUGGCUAUGUCAGCAUUGGUGAAAGAGCAAAUUGAAGGAAUCACACCUCUGGCUAUCUCGAUGAUACCACCUGAUAAGUUUGCUGUGGUGUUUCACCAGAGGCAGAUCAGCGUGUUCUCCUAUGAGCAGGCUGCAGAAGUAACCGGGGAGCAGCGUUCUGCUUUGUCGGAUGUUCAGAUGACAGCUCUGGAUAUGGUGCUGACACCCUGGGAGGACAGGCCUGUAGAUUUCAGAGGAAAGUCAAUGGGUUUGGCCCUGAGCCACAGUCCUCUGUGUCUCAUACUGGGAAUGCUGAUGCUGCUGAUCGUCCUGCCCUGCCCUGACCUGAUCUGCCCUACAUGACCCCACUUACCCCUGCUGGAUCAGGAGACAACCUCCUCAGCCACAUUAACCAAGAUGAUCUUUUAUUAUUUAUCUGUGCAAUACCAUACCUCUUUGAAAUAAGCAGCACUUCAGGAUUUCUAUAUACUGUAUUCAAUGAGAAUGUAAUUUAUUUUGUGCAACUAUCACUUUGACGCGUUCAACAUUCAGCACUGGAAGAACCAAAUGAAUAGUUUAAAGAAAAAACACAGUACAGUGUAAACAUAUAUCCACCAAGUCUAACCAACACCCACAGGAUUAUCUUCAUUACACUUGGCUAAUUUAUUUAUUUAUUAGUUUUUUUGAUAAACCUGUAUGAACCCUGACUGUCCCGAUAUAUCCUUCUCAGGGAUGUGACGCCAUACCUAGCAAAUCAACCCAAACACUUAAACACUUUAGAUAUAGUUGUUAUACAGUUAUGAUGAGCAAAUUUAAAGUGUUGCAAAGCUAUAAAGUUAUAUAUUUUUGUGAAAUUAUAUAAUAUUUUUGUCAGUGUAAAAGCUGUAAUGUUUGCUACAUUUAUAUACCCAUCCUGAGUUAUCUUGAUUAGAUAAUAGGUACAUAAUGCUCAUGUAAGACCCGACUGUAUUAAUAUUGGUCAACUUCAGUCUAUUUUUGCUGUGAGUUUUGUAUUGUUGUGCACACUCUCUGGUGUGAGAAAUAUAGUCCUAAAUUAUUAAAGUGAACCCAUCUGCCUCUGA